UGUUUUUUAACACCCCCCAAAAAAAAACUUUUAUUUUAACACCUCCCAAAAAUAUAAAAGUUGGAAGUUAACACCAAAAUCCAUCUUCCGUUAACAGAACUGUUAGUGGGGCCCACCCCAACGGAUAUAUUUUUAAAAGAUCUGUAUAUAAGAACCAUUCUUCCACGAUUCUUGCACGAUAUAUAAGAACCAUUCUUGCACGAUUCUCCCCCAAUGAACGAAAUCGUUGUUCUUAUUGAAUAGCAGCAGCGCAUUGCAUUGUUGCACGAUACUUGAAACAAUUCUUUCACGAUUCUUCCACGAUUUUUGAGAAGAGGAACAGAUUGAAGCUGCUGAAACAGAUUAUGUCGUUUGUUAGCUCUUCCCCUCCUGAGGCCAGAAAAUGUAAGUGUGGUGUGCCAAUGGCCAAGCUCACUAGCUGGACAAGGGAGAAUCCAGGCAGGAAGUUCAUAUCAUGUAAGUUUUAUGACCCAAUAACAGAAACAAGGGGUUGCAAAGCUUUCGAAUGGGUUGAUCAACCUGAUGGAACAGAUUGGCAAACAGGGGUUAUCAACAACCUGUUGUUGGAUAAGAAGCUGCUAAAGGGUGAAGUUAAUGAAUUGAAAAGGGAAGUUGAUGAAAUCAGUGGCCAAAGGAGGUGCCUACUUAAUGAAGUUGAUAAUUUGAAGAUGAGAUGCAAGGCCUUGAACGCUGACAGGAAGAGAAUGAACAGGGAGUGCAAUGAAGGGAAGGUGUCUUCAAUCAGCUGUUUUGGUUGGGUGGGCAUGGCCAUUUGUAUAGGUUUGUCAAUGGGUGUAAUUUUCCUAAUGGCUAGAGGUGUGUAAUAGUAAGCUGUAUUAAGUAGUUAUAAUUUCUUGUAAUGACUUGAAGUGUUAUAAAUAUGUCUUUUAAUCAACCUAUUUAUGCCUUGUCUAAGUUCCUAUUUAUGCCUUGUCUUUUAAUCAACCUAUUUAAACAUGUGAAACAUUAAAACAUGGGAAAUAUGUGAAACACUAAGAUAGUUCAAGUACAGGUUGACAAAAGAACCUUACUUCAACAUGUUUCAAUGGCAAUCAAAGCCAUGCAACCAUUACAAUUCAAUAUCUAAUUGUUCAAAUUUGUUAAGGGAAGCCACUAAAAAACUAGCAAGUUACAUAACCAGUCAUGAGUACAUAAUAAAAGUUUGAAAUUGUUCAACAG